GUUGAGAAAGUCCGCAGUUCCUAAUGUUUUAAUAUGCUUGAAAGGACGGUUGAGUUAGGCAAUUCCAAUUUAAGAGGCUAAAUGCUUUAUUUAUUACUUGUAACCAAAUGGAGUGUGUUAUUCUGUUUCCAGUUUCAUGUGUUUUCGUUAAGCCUGCAGCGACCCGAUUUCAAUCCCAAUUCUGUCCCAAAAAAUAGUGUUUUCGGAUAUUCGUUUGACCUUAUGACGGUUUAUUAGUACUAAUCACACAACAGUGACAACUGUAACUAUAAUAUUAUAAAGCAAAGGGAAACCGCCACGUAAAGUUAUAUAUGCAAAAAACUAAAUUAAUAAUAUCACAAAAACAAAAAUACGAGGCAUAAAAUGGAGGUGAACGUGGUGUGACGGACUUUGGAAGAAUUCAUUAACUGGCAAUUAAGCAGCAAUUAAUAAAUUCCUCCAAAGUCCAUCACACUGGCUUUACAUUGGCAUCAAGGCCACGGUGUGACACUACGCAUGCGCUGGAGCGCUUAGUGUUUUGGCGCGUGGAUUCGAAGCAAACAUGGAGCUUGUUAGCGCGCUGGAUUUACUGAAAAUAAAAACCGUUUCAAGAGUCUGGGUGGACAGUGUUUGGGGCUUGGAAUUCACCGAAGCGGAACCGUUAGAUGUGGCUGUUGAAGAUGAGCUCAUUAGUAAUGGGCCCGAUGCCUUCAGAACUGUUUACAAACUCCUCCUGCCAUUUGCGACAGACGGCGAAGGAAACGCCGAAAAUGUUUGGACGGUGUUGGGUGACAGUGGGAUUUCUACCCACGCCCUGGUUGCCGUGCUGUCCCACUUCGUGGUUAGACGUAACUUUAAAACUGCUGAUCUUACUUAUCGGUUGGUUGCGCUGCAGGCAGCUUCACUCUACCUACUGCUUCUAGGAAUACCAGGCAAUAUAGCAAACAAAGUGUUCCACCCAGUUUUGUUUGAUGCCUGUCUGGAUUUGGCAAAGAAGUGCUGGCCCCAGGAUUCAGGCAAGAAGCGCAAGAAAGAUGCAUUCAAGAGUUCUCAAGGCGUUUCCAAGGGCAGGAAACGGUCAAAACCCCAUCGGAAGGACGACGAGGAAGAGAUGGAGGCCGACGUGUUUGGGGAAAGCAACGAGGAUGAAGAGAUGUUGUUCUCUGGCCGAGAUCUGCUGGAGAUCAGGAAUGGAAUUGUCCUCCUUGUGAAAACUCUCCUGAAGCUCCUGACGAGAUUUUCCCUGAAAGACAAGCCCCAGUGUGUUCUGAAGUGUGCCAAGAUUUUCACUCAGCUCACCCAUUUCGAGCCAGUGAUUGGCGAACUCACGUUUGAGAAGGAACCGGUCAUUGAUGACAUGGGAAUGUUGCCGGAGUUGGCCUACCAUGGGCUGAAACUUCUCUGUUUGCCAAAGCAAGGAGAUGGGACUGAGGCUGUGAAGCUGGUCUUCCACAGACUCCUCUACGUGUUGCUCAUGAUGAGUGAAGGAGAUUCGUCUCGCCCUUCGCUGCUGGUUCCCGGGGCGGCCGUGUUUACCGCCCGAGAUCAGGCUAUUAAAUUUGUAUGCCAUAUUGUCGACGAGCUGAAAGAAGUCGUUGUUCUGCCGACCCUUUGCAUCCUGCUCCAACACAUCUGCGUGCAGAUGGUUGACAAGGUGGAGUAUCGCAGCAGUGGAGCACAGACCGUGGUGAAACUGCUGGCCAAAAUGCCCUGUGCUAAAUACGCCUCCUUCAUGCAGUGGCUCCAUGCCUUCUCCUUACACUCAAAGGUUGUGCGCAGGAUGUUCGCCCUAGACGUGGCGAUGGCCCUGAUCGAGCAGCCCGAACGCCAGCCUGAGUCCUCCCUGUCUCCAGAGGAGGCCAUCUUCCUGCAGCACAAGUUCCUGGUCCAAGUAAUGGUGUUUGGGCGGCGUUCGGACCGGGCACCCUCGGUGCGAGGCCACGCCCUCUCCUGCCUGGCUCGGUGUCUGGAGCUGCAGUCUCCCAACACGGUGGAGAACAUCCAGGAGCUCUUCUCAGCCACUUCUGCACAGACUGUUCUUGAGACAGAAGGCUGUGAGGUCACCAGUAACGUCCAUGAGACGAACUUGCAAAAGAUGGGCAUAAACUUCAAAACCAUAGAGAUGACUGGAAAGGGGGAAGUGACCACUUUUGAAUCAAAAGAGACGAUGGCUUUGCUGAAGAGACGCUCAAGCGAUGAGAAGACCAAUGUGAGGAAGUCUGCCUUGCAGGCACUGAUGGGUCUUCUGAAGCACAGCGUGAUCCCUUGCACCCAGGAGAACCUGGCCAUCCUGUCAGACCGCUGUCGGGACCCUGCUGUCUCCGUGAAAAAGAAGGCCCUCCAGUGUCUCAUGGACCUUCUUGCUGCUUUGCCUGGGUCCAGUCUGGUGCAGAUGGCCUGGCUGAGGGGAGUGGUUCCCGCAAUCGUUGAUUCUGAGAGCUCCGUCCAGGAGAAGGCCCUGGAGUGCCUGGACCAGGCCAUAAUUGGCCAGAUUAAGAGUGGUGGCACUUACAGUAACCAGCAUGUCUCACAGAAGCUAGCCUGGGACUUGCUUGGGCUACUGUGCGGAGAGAGCCAGGACCUUGGCCGUUACUUCAGCAAGGCCUUCGUCAUUUGGUCCAAGCAGAAUAAGUUCCCCUCUGCUUUUGUCAACCACCUGAUCUCCCACACGGGGCUGGAACACGCCUCAGCUGCCUGGCUGCUGCUCUCCAAGGUGUCAGGUUCCUGCUCCAGGCUCAACUAUGGCAAGAUCCUGGAUGCUUGGGAUGAAAUGAUUAGGACAAGCAAUGUUCCAGUUUCCACGUCUUGUGACAUCCUGUGCGUGAUCGGGAACAUCGCCGCACAUCUUAAUGACGAAACAAAGAGCAGGAUCGUGGACGAUAUCAUGAAGUGGCUGAAGAGUUUCGAAGUGCCCCUAGAGAUCAUUGGCGCCUCUAUAGAGACCCUAUUCCAGCUGCUGAAGGUUGAGACGGUCAAGGACACACAGAGGAUGCUGAACAAACACUGCGGGGAGCUGGUCUCCAUCUGUGAGUCUUACCUAUCCAGUGUCAUCUUGAACGAAGAUGGCCUGCAGAACUUCAACGAAGAUUUGGUGGUACGCGCAUUCAACAGCUUGACCCCCUACCCUUAUGUCAAGCACUUGUAUACCCUUGGGGUCGCUGCCCUCCAGUGUCCGGCCCAAGUCGGGAAACGCACCUCUCUCCUCGUUCAGUCCAUCCUGGCCUCAAACGUCGAGCUCCCGUCGGCUGACAACCCGGAUGAGCCUCCCGCCACUCAACCCCUAUCGCAGUUCAAGGCCUCCUCGUUGCCAACUGUGGUCCGAGCCCAUGCCUUCAUCACCCUGGGCAAGCUGUGUCUGCAGAAUGAGGAUCUGGCCAAGAGCUGCAUCCCGGCACUGGCCCGCGAGCUGGAGGUGAGCACCGAGGUGCCGGUGCGCUGCAACGUGGUGGUGGUCAUGUGCGACCUGUGCAUGCGCUACACCACCAUGGUGGACCGCUACAUCCCCAACAUCUCGGCCUGCCUGAAGGACCGUGAGCCGCUCAUCCGCGAGCAGACCCUCAUCCUGCUCACCAACCUCCUUCAGGAGGAGUUUGUGAAGUGGAAGGGCUCACUCUUCUUCCGAUUCGUGGCUGUGCUCGUGGACCCCGAGCCUAAGAUUGCCAGUCUCUGCGAAUUCUGCUUGGUUCAUCUGCUCCUCAAAAGGAACCCGACCAUGUUCUCUCAGCACUUCAUCGAGUGCAUUUUCCACUUCAACUCCUACGAGAAGCACGAGAAGUACAACAAGUUUCCGCAAACGGCCAGAGAGAGAGCCCAGUUUUCUUUGCAAGGAGCGAAAAACAAGGAGAAGAGGAUGAAGAUCUACAGGUUCCUACUGGAGCACUUCACAGAUGAGCAACGCUUCAAUAUCACCGCCAAAAUCAGCCAGACUAUUCUUGCAAACUUUGUGGACGGGAUACUGCCCCUGGACGCAGAGGGGGCCGAGAUUCUGUCGGACGCCUUUGACGUGUUGAGCCUGAAGGAGAUUAAGCUUUCGGCCAUGCGCAGCCCCGUGGAGAGGGACGAGCAGCAGGAUGAUGAGCAGCUGGCCAUGGCCAACGCUGUCAUGCAGGUGGCCCAGAAGAAGCUCAUCUCGCAGGUCCAGAAGAAGAAUUUCAUUGAGAAUGUGAUUCCUAUUAUCAUUGCGCUGAAAACCAUGCUUGAGAAGAAACGCUUCCCAGUGCUGAAGGACCUCAUGGGCUACCUGCAGGUGAUGAUGCAGGACUACCGCAGUGAGGUGAAGGAUUUCUUCGCGGCAGAUGAACAGCUGGCCGCCGAGCUGGAGUAUGACAUGAAGAGGUUUGAAAAGGAGCAGGAGAUGGAGCAGCAGAUGUCGAGCCGCAGAGUGACUGACUCCCGCCCUGCGAGCACGCUGCCGUCAAACGUCACGGCAGGAGCGGCUCUGGCUACUGUUCCCGCAUCCCCCAGUCCUUCUGUGGGUAGGACAGUGUUGGCGGUCCAGGCCACACCCCAGAUGCCGGGAUCUGCCCCCCCCUGCUUCCUUUCCCCGAAAAAUGUGGGCUCAUCCAGCAGGCGUCAGACUCUCAGCACCAGCGAAGUCCUCAGCAAGGCCCGGACAGCAGCGAGAGCGAGUAGGCUGCUCCAGGGUCGAGCGGGGUCGGCCAGCAACCAGAACACUCCCGUCGAUGGUUCAGCAAUGAUAUCCAGGCGUCUUCAGAGUUCCACCACCGGAGACUCUUCUGUUGCCAACCGGGCCAUCAGUACUCCGCAAAGGAGCAUGACUGAGGUGACCUUUGGGGAUGGUCUCAGUGUCAUCUUCAGUGCCCAUGGGACAGAGCCUAAGUAUCCAGGAAACAAGGACAACAUGCUUUUCCUGAUGUCCCCGGAUAAGCCGCAUGCACCUCCCAAACAGUGGAACGUGGAGUCUCCCCUCUGCCGGAAGGCUAGAGGACAUCGGCUGUAGGCUGAUCCCUCCUGUGGGGUGGAGGGAGAGGGGGGGGUCCCCUCUGUAGGAAAUGUAGGUGAUGUCCCAUUUGUAGACCCGCUUUUAUUUUUUUUUUCUCCAUGGAGCGUAUAAAUAAAGACACAAUGGCACGCUAGGAGUUAACUUUAUUAAUCGAAAUAUACAGUUGGAGAACUCCCACAAGACGUGUACCGGGCCCCAACAGAGUGGACAUUUCCAGAGACAAACACGAAAACCAGUAACAGGGAAUCGGUGCCCUUUCAGAUCUGCAAUUUUAAUGUCCAAACCAGUAGAGCUGAGUAUCGCCGCUGAAAUCAACGGGGGGGGUGGUAACAUCACCACUGUUAAAGGGUUUGUGGACCUAGCUGACCAUUGUUGGUUAGCCCCUGUUAAGGAAUUAUUUUCCAGUGUUUACUGGUUUCUUUUUUGUAUGUUAGAAUCUCUUCAUCUUUAAUAAGUUAAAUGUCAGGCGUUCCCUUUUACUGCCUUACUGGAGUUAUCCCUUAAUCCCAAACAUUUGCUCCCUCAUUGUCACAUUGAUUGUGUGUGUGCCAACAUGACACAAUUUAAAGUUUCACUUCACAAUGUAUAUACCGAUUGUGUAUGUUGAGUGACUAAGUGAAUAUGCAUGUCUGCUUGUGCAUCGGCAAACUAGUGCUACAUAUUAAUAACGAUUCACUUUGUUCAGGCACUAUUACAUAAUAAAAUCUACUUUUUGAAAGUAAAA